GUACCAUGCGUGCAUGCGUGGCAAUCGUAGCAUAUUAGCAGACUGUGUUGUGCAUGUGUUGUGUGUUAGCAGCAUGUUAGCAGAUGUAGCCAGAGAUUUAGCGAUUUAGCAGAUGUUUUUACGGAUAUUUUGUUGUAAAAGUUGUUGGAGAAAGAUUUUUACUAAAUUUGUUCCUAUAUUGCUAAUUACUUAGGUACUGAUCUUUUUUAUUAAAAACUAUGAAUAAAAUAGAUGAAGAAAUAGAUUUGAAGCCGUCGAAGGAAAAAAAGAAAAGGAUCCAUAAAUGUGCAAUAUGCAAUUUCCAAGCACGAUAUGCGUCAAAUAUUCGCCAACACAAGAAAGUUCACUUGACACAGGAAGAACGAGAGCUGUUUGCUUGUUCGUAUUGUGACAACAAAUAUAUUUCAAAACAAGGCUUAAAAAACCACCUUGAUAAUAACCAUAGUGAAUUCAGUAAGAAAAGUCACUUGGCACACGAAGAACGACAGAAGUUUUCUUGUGUGCACUGUAACAAGAAAUAUACAAGAAAACACAACUUAAACCAGCACCUUGAGGAUAAUCAUAUUGAUUCCAGGGCGCAUGUACCGCAAAAAAAGGUCUAUAGAUGUUCCAGAUGUAGCUACUAUACGAUACGUAAGUCAUAUAUUGAAAAGCACAAGAAAAGUCACUUGACACGAGAAGAACGACAGAUGUUUGCUUGUGCGCAUUGCGACAAUGAAUACAGAUCGAAAAUCAGCUUAAGAUACCACCUUCAGAAUAAUCAUACUGAUUCCAGAACGAGGGAAUUGAAGGAAUCGCAGAAAAAGGUCUAUAUAUGUACAAUAUGUGACUUUCAAACACGAUAUAGUACAAGUAUUAGAGAUCACAAGGAAACUCACUUGGCGCCGGGACAACGACAGUUAUUCAGUUGUGCGCAGUGUGGUAACACAUAUAGAACAAAGACAGGCUUAAAAUACCACCUUAGAAAUACUCAUAUUGAUUCCAGAAUGCAGAAAAAUGUCUAUAGAUGUUCCACAUGUAGCUUCCAAACACAGGAAAAGCCAAGACUUAACCGACACGAGAAAGUUCACUUGGCACCGGAAGAACGACAGUUGUUUGCUUGUGCACACUGUGAUAAGAAAUAUACAAGGAAAGAGAGCUUAAUAGAUCAUCUUCGGGAUAACCAUAUUGAUGCCAGGGCGAAAGAAUUGAGGGAAUCGCAGAAAGAAGUCCAUAAAUGUGCCAUGUGUGGCUUUCAAACAAGACAUAAAUCAAGUCUUAGGAAACACCAGAAAAUUCACUUGGCACCGGAAGAACGACGUGUGUUUGCUUGUGCGCAGUGUGACCGGAAAUAUAUGUUACAGGGGAGUUUAGAAGAUCACAUCAAUAUUUGCCAUAUUGAUUCCAAGUCGAAGCAGAAAAAGGUCUAUAAAUGUGCCAUAUGUAGCUUUCAAACUGGACACAGGGUAAGUCUGCACUACCACAAGAGAGUUCACAUGGCACCGGAAGAACGAGAGAUGUUUAUCUGUGCGCAGUGUAACAACAAAUAUAAGACAAAACGCGGCUUACUACUUCACCUCAAACAUGGGCACGUUGAUUCCAGAAAUGCUGAAUCUCCAACCGAUGAAGUAAUAUUAGAUUCUUUGAAAAUGGAAAUUGAUGAUUACACUCCACAUUUGGAUGACUUUAAAAAUGCUGAACGUAUAGCGGUGACUAAUAAAGUAAAAACAGAAGAUUUUUUAAAAAUAGAACUUGGUGAUGACACUCCGAUUUUAAAUACAGAAAUGCACCAUGACCUUAGGAAUACCGAAAAUUUACCUAUAACUAAGAAGUUAUAUAUAAAGCUGGUAGAUUUUAUAAAAAUAGAAAUUGAUGAUGAUGACACCCUGCUUUUAAAUAAAGAAAUGCAGGAUGACAUUAGAAAUACCGAAAAUUUAUCUAUAACUAAGAAGUUAUAUAUUAAGCUGGUAGAUUUUAUAAAAAUAGAAAUUGAUGAUGAUGACACUCCGAUUUUAAUUAAAGAAAUGCAGGAUGACAUUAGAAAUACCGAAAAUUGAUCUAUAAGUAAGAAAUUAUAUUAUUAGGCUGGAAGAUUUUAUAAUGUAAUACUAAAAUAUAAAAAUUAAUUGAUUUGUUUAAUUUUUAUAUGUAAACAUUUUUAAGCUAUACAAAUUUAUAACUGUGAUAUUUUCAAAAAAAAAGUAAGUUUUAUAAGU